CGCCAAGAUCGACCACACGUGCCGGCUGGCGCGCGGGUCGGGCAUCAGCUGGGCCUGGGUCGACACGUGCUGCAUCGACAAGUCGAGCAGCGCCGAGCUCACCGAGGCCAUCAACUCCAUGUACCAGUGGUACGCCGACGCCAUCGUCUGCUUCGCCUAUCUCUCAGACCUGAAGCCGUCAGACCUGAAGACGGGCGGCGGCAGGAAGAAGGACCAGCAGCGGGCUGCCAAGGACGGCGGGUCCGUGACGUCGGGCGCCAACGGCGACGACGGUCUAACGUUUGAGCAGCGCGUGCAGAAGUACUCGCACUGCCGGUGGUUUACACGUGGUUGGACGCUGCAAGAACUGAUCGCGCCGCGCCGGCUGGGUUUUUACGACACGGACUGGGGGUUUCAGGGAGAAAAGUCUGAAAUGGCUCUGGAGCUGACAGCGAUCACGGGGAUCCGGAGAGACGUGCUCGAGAACAAGCUGGCUCCGUCGAGCGUGUCUGUGGCUCAGCGCAUGUCAUGGGCCUCGCGCCGGGAGACGACGCGGGCCGAAGACAUGGCCUACUGUCUGCUCGGGCUCUUCGAUGUCAACAUGCCGCUGCUGUACGGCGAAGGCAGCAAGGCCUUUAUCCGGCUCCAGGGCGAGAUCAUCAAGGAGAUUUGCGACUUCAGCCUCUUCGCCUGGCGUCACCCCGAGCGAGAGAGCGGAGAGGAGGGCACCGGUGACAAAGCGCCAGCUCAGAGGCAGAAGCAGAGGCACUGGGGCAUCCUGGCGCUCUCUCCCAAAGACUUCGCCGACAGCAGCGGAAUCGAAACAUUGGGCGACCUGAUGUACAACAACGAGUGCGUCCCGACAAGCAAGGGUCUGCGCUUCGUGGCUCCCGUGAACUGCGGCCUGCUUGACGGAAAGGGGGAAUUCGAAGGCACAUACCUGAUGAACCUGCGCUGCGAGGAGCGGGACGCACGUCUCCCCGUCGCCAUCUGUCUCCGGAAACACGGCCGGGGCAUCUAUUCGCGCGUCAACCCUACCAAGCUGCCGAGGGUGAGAGAUCGGGUCAAGACCAAGGAAGAGGUGUUUUACGUCACGGCAGCGGUUUCGCCGGCGCGGUCCGUAAUGCUAGCCGCCAGCCACCGACACGCCAUCAAUCUCUCCAGGCUCGGCGAGAACCUGGGCAUCCGGCUCGACAAGCUGGAGCCUGCCGACCAUUGGGACCGGCAGCAGCUGCAGUUUCUGACCGAAGGCAACGGCUACAUUCUCUACGAGGCAACGUUUUCGACUCUGCUCGACUUUCCCGCCAAGAGGGCCCGGCUCAGGAUGCAGUUCUACUUCCAGCCAGACAUGAACCUCUCCGUCACGCUCGGUGCCGUGUCGGAAAACGACGGCGAUGAUGCAUACUUUCGAGCCGUCGAGGCAUAUUCCUACGAAGAGUCGGUCGAGGGGCAGCCAGUGCAUUUUGUCAUCCUCGAGCCUCCUCGGCGGAGAGGCGACAGGAUGUUGGUCGCGCCAUCGUCCGAGACGAGCAAAUCCCCUCUGACAUAUAGACCUAGACCUAGAAGCAAGGGCGAAGAGUGGCUGAGUCCGCGGGCGUUGUGAACGGCGGCAGAUGGGCGAGGCGGGUGCGUCACUGGCGCUAGGUCUCGCCGCAGUGUUCGGCGCUAGGGCCAGGGAAUAAGGCUGGGAGAUGGCGAGAUGCGGUUGUCGAGGGCCUGUUUUGCUCAUUAGCAAAUGCAAAUGCAAAUGCAAAUGCAAAUGCAAAUGCAAAUGCAAAUGCAAAUGCAAAUGCAAA